UCAUCAUGUCGCAGCCAGAGCGCAGACACAUGUUUCAGGGCAACUUGUCCCAUAGCAUGCGCGAAAACUAUUCCUUCGGCGUAGACAAGUACUACGAAGCAGUCGCACUCACCUAUCGCAAUCCAAGCUAUGGCGCAAUCAGAACGAUGCUAUGGAACGCACUCACUCAAUUCUAUGCGCGAGAAAAGCCAACUCCCUUUAAAGUUCUUGAUUUGGCAGCCGGUGCAGGAGAAGCGUCGACGGUCUUGCUUGAAUGGUUCACAGCGUGUCAGCAACGCAAGGGAAGUCGAAGGCUCACAGUGACGCCGAUUGAUCCGACACUAUCACCGCCUGAGAUUGUAGCGACGGAUGCAUUUACAGAGCCGGCAUUCAGAGAAGCGCAUCCCACCAUUCCCUUUCAUGCACUCAACUUUCAACAAACUGGGGAGAUUCCCGAGAGUGGCUUUGAUCUAUGCAUCAUAUCAUUUGCAUUGCAUCUCGUUGCGACGUCCAGUGAACUCUGGACAUGUCUUGAUGCAUUGUCACGAAAGUGCCGGUGGUUGCUCAUUAUAUCACCGCAUAAGAAACCAGACAUCAAGAAUCACGUUUGGGGAUGGAGCCGAUGGGACAUGGCAACGUGGGAGCAAGAUGCUGGUGAUGCAAGUGAAGUGGUACAAGAACGUGUUCGUGGGAGAUGGUACAAGAGUAAUCACAGAGGUGACUAUUAA